GUCGGCCCGUAAGACUGCUGCUGCAGUCGUAUAUUCAUGGCCGUCCAAGCAACAAUGAAGGGCUCUUCGAAGCCACGCGUCCGGUCGGACGCUCAACUGGCGCGGAAGCGAAGCAUCGAUAGAAUGCACAACCAGGCGAAAAGAGCGAGGACCAAGAGUCAGCUUGAAAAUAUCCAGGCGAACACAAUCCAAAUACAGGAUGACGUUCGAAGGCUGAUGGAUGAGAUGCACGCGCUGCGGAUCACGCUUGAUACGAUUCCAAGAUUUGGAAUGCCUGGUACAAGACCCUCAUGGAGCCCAAGUAAUUGUAGUCGCGCUAUGCAGGAUUGUUCAGCAGGUUUUAACGCCUCCCCUUGGUCGAUCAGCGCACCCGCGGUUCAAGUUCGCUGCAAGCAUGGCACGGCAUGUCCCGUGCAACAUCCUAUCCCCGUAACCAGCCAGAAAGACGAAUCCGGCUGGCAGUACACCGGCUAUGUUCCCGUCGUAUGUCGAUGCGAUUUGCCGCACGAGACGGAAUGCGAAUGUCUGGAGCUGUCGACCUUCAGCAUCUUGUUGCAUUCGCACCAGAAUCUGAGCAACGGCAACUGUCAUGUCAAAGACUUGCCGCGGAAUGCGAGCAUCGCGAAUAUGUUGCUACUUUCAGACGAGGGUAACCCACUCGCUGUACUGCUGAACUCGGUGUUCAAAAGCGUACCUUCCAUUGAAUUACAUACGAUGGUGGCAUCUUACUUCCUAAUGUACCGAUAUCUCAGAUGGAGAGCAUAUCCUGACGCAGAGUCAUACGCUGAAAUUCCGCUAUGGGCACGCCCAACUAUGACACAAACGUCAAAACCGCACCCAGUUUGCAUUGAUUAUAUUCCCUGGCCACCGUUGCGUGACCACGUUCUCAAGCACUCGGGGCAGGAUCCAAGACACACCGUUAAUCUGUACGUCUCUCAUGUUCGUUUUAGAUGGCCUAAGGAGCGAAGCUUUCUUAGCCGGAAUGGCGGAGAAGUGAAGUUGAGUGACGAGUUCAUAUCCGCGAUCAGCGAAUACGAAAAUUGGCGGGUCAGCAGAGAGUGGGCGAAAAUGUUCCCUGAACUCGUCCAUCUGGUGAAUGUCGAGGAGGCAGAUGCAUGAGGUGCCGAAUAGCGCGAAUUACAUUUCCU